CCAGCAGGUUAAUGGAGCCCGAGGAUCCGGCGCUGACUCCUCAUCGUCUCUCAGGACCAGCAAACAUGGCCGCCAGCGACUGACAGCCGAGGCGGUGGCGACGUCUGGCUCUGCGUAGGGAAUCGAGGGGCCGCAGCUGUGACACGCAGCCCGGGGUCACGCUGCCGCACUCAGCAAGUAUGAUGCUCAGCCCCGAGCCGGUCGAUUCCGACCAAUUGUCAGCGCAGUCCGAAUCCGACUCAGCGGCCAGCGAGAUGAAGGGGGGCAGCGUGUCGGAGGCAGAGAGCGGUGGACGCCAGAUACCGUGCCUCCCCCCGCAGCUCAGCCGCGAAGAGAAGAGGCGCAGGAGGCGAGCCACCGCCAAGUACCGCUCGGCCCACGCCACCAGAGAGCGCAUCCGCGUGGAGGCCUUCAACGUGGCGUUCGCCGAGCUGCGCCGGCUGCUGCCCACUCUGCCGCCAGACAAGAAACUGUCCAAGAUUGAGAUCCUGCGCCUGGCGAUCUGCUACAUCUCCUACCUCAACCAUGUGCUGGACGUCUAGCGGUGAUACGGCGAUGGUGGUCAUCAGUACAUGAUGGACAAUGGCCCUGUGGAG